AUGGGUCCCAAAGACCAGAGUUACAACGCAAACACUAACCACCACGUCUACCCAAACGUGGCCAAUCAGAAAGGAGGCUCUCAAACAAUUUGUUUGCCCGUCUGCAGCACGCCAUCCUCCAAACCAUCUGAUGAUUGUUUGCUCGAUCGACAUUGGUACGCUUUUUUGUGCUCAAGUCUGAUCACAUUUUUUUCUGGACUGCUGUUGGUCUUGCUGUGGAGAAUAUUCAGUUGGUUCGUGUGGCAACGCAAGACCACACUCACGAAUCGAUCCUCCAAAAGUUUAAAAGGAACGCGGAAGGGAUCGGCUGGUUGCGGCUUGAUUGGCGCCGACACAACUCGCCAAAACUUCAACAGUUCGUCCGAAGUGGGAUGGGUGACCGAGGCCAAGGAUUGGGCGGGCGAGUUGAUAUCCGGGCAAACCACCAUCGGAAGGAUAUUGGUCGUUCUGGUUUUUCUCUUGAGUUUCGCCUCUCUCAUCAUCUACUUCAUCGACACAUCCACGGAGGAAGUUGAAUCGUGCGAGAAAUGGGCCAACAGUACAACGCAGCAGGUCGAUCUGGCUUUCAACAUCUUCUUCAUGGUCUACUUCUUCAUCAGGGCUAGUUCUCACUUACUCUUCAUAGCGGCCCCCGAGAAGUUGUGUUUCCUGCUCGAGUUGUAUUCGUUGGUGGACUACUUCACCAUUCCUCCGUCGUUCGUCGCCAUCUAUCUCAACAGAAAUUGGCUUGGUCUGCGCUUCACGAGAGCCCUCCGUUUAAUGUCCAUUCCAGACGUCCUGCAGUAUUUGAACAUCCUCAAGACUUCCAACAACAUUCGUUUGUGUCAGCUAGUCUCCACGCUUGUCAGCGUUUGGUUCACUGGAGCCGGCUUUGUCCAUUUGGUAGAAAAUUCAGGCGACCCAUUUCAAGACUUCAAGUACGUCCGGCCCAAGACCUACUGGGAGUGCGUGUACUUCACGUUAGUCACCAUGUCGACGGUGGGCUACGGCGACGUUUACUGCGAAACAACGUUGGGGAGGUUCUUCAUGAUUUUCUUCAUUCUUGGAGCCUUGGCCAUGUUUGCCAGUUUCAUACCGGAAAUAAUGGAUAUAUUGGGAACAAGGAGUAAGUACGGAGGUGCAUACAAGAAAGAGCACGGAAAAAGGCACAUCGUUCUCUGCGGGCACAUCACCUACGAAUCCGUAUCUAAUUUCAUGUCCGACUUUUUGCACAAAGAUCGUGAGGACGUGGACGUUGAGUUGGUCAUCAUGAACAGAAAAGAGCCUGACCUCGAGCUGGAGGGUCUAUUCAAGCGCCACUUCACUCAAGUUGAAUUUUUUAAAGGUACAGUCAUGGACGCAAACGAUUUGCACAGAGUCAACAUUAAGGAAGCGGAUGCCUGCCUCGUGUUAGCGAACAAAUAUUGUGAGGACCCGGAUGCUGAGGACGCUGCCAACAUUCUUCGUGUCAUCUCCAUCAAGAACUACCACGACGACAUCAAGGUCAUCAUUCAACUUUUGCAGUACCACAACAAGUCGUACCUGUUGAACAUUCCAAGCUGGGAUUGGAAGAGAGGUGACGAUGCCGUCUGCCUGGCCGAGUUGAAGCUGGGCUUCAUCGCUCAGAGCUGUCUGGCGCCUGGCUUCUCGACGCUGCUGGCUAAUUUGUUCACUAUGAGAUCCUACAAAUUGUCUCCAGACAUGCCGCAAUGGCAGAAUGAUUACAUGCGUGGCACAGGGAUGGAGAUGUACACGGAGUACAUGUCGCCAGCCAUGCACGGUAUGACCUUUCCAGAAGCUGCCGAAUUAUGCUUCCUUAAGCUGAAGCUUCUAUUGAUAGCGGUUGAAUCACGUGGAAACAACGACUCACAUGACAGCAACAUCUGCAUCAAUCCAGGCCCAAAUGUCAGAAUCGAUCACAACACUCAAGGCUUCUUUUUCGCCGAGUCGGCAGACGAUGUCAAAAGGGCAUUGUUCUACUGCAAGUCGUGUCACAUUGGAAUUUCUGACAUAAAACUCAUCAAGAAGUGUAGGUGCAAGGCUGGAGAUGAUGACGACGACGAUGACGGUGAUGAUGUUGUUGUUGGUGAUGUUGUUGUUGAUGAUGUUGUUGUUGGGGAUGAAGUUGUUGUUGGUGCUGUUGUUGUUGGUGAUGUUGUUGUUGGUGGUGAUGUUGUUGUUGGAGAUGAUGUUGUUGUUGGAGAUGAUGUUGUUGUUGGUAAUGUUGUUGUUGGUGAUGUUGUUGAGAUAGCGACGAAGGAUCACCAUUUCAUGCACGAAUCGGCCCACCAGCUGCAGACGCAAUCGCUGCAGCACCAUCACCCGCAAUCCAAAUACGAUCGUCUAUUUUACGAACAAGCUGCGGAUCCUAGAAGAUUCGAUUCCACUGGAAUGUUUCACUGGAUACCCGCACAGUCCAUGUCUUCCUGCAUCAUCACACGUGAGCAAGCGGCCAUGACAGUUUUGAGUAAUCACGUGGUCGUCUGCUUGUUUGCUGACGCCCACUCUGCCGUCAUAGGACUGCGAAACUUGAUCAUGCCCCUGAGAGCCAGCAACUUCGACGUCAGCGAGUUGAAACACGUCGUCAUCGUUGGAGAUCGUGAGUACAUAAAGAAAGAGUGGAAGAGCAUCAGUAACUUUCCGUUCAUCAGCAUUCUUGGGGGUUCGCCUCUGAACAGAGCCAACUUGAGGGCAGUGCACAUCAACAUGUGCGACAUGUGCGUCAUCCUGUCAGCCAGGAAUGCCACGGGAGAGGACAGUAACCUGGUCGACAAGGAAGCCAUACUCUGCUCUCUCAACAUCAAAGCCAUGUCCUUCGACGACUCCAUUGGAUGGCUGCAUGCCUACAAUCAGUCUGGUCCCGCUUUUCUGCCAUCGUUAUCAUCACCGACCAUCACGAAGGCAUCAUCAUCGAGACCACCGAAGAAUGGAGUGUCGUCGGGCAAUGACAUUCCAAUGAUUACAGAGCUGGGCAACGAUGCAAACGUACAGUUCCUCGAUCAAGACGACGACGACGACCCAGACACUGAACUCUACAUGACCCAACCUUUCGCUUGUGGUACUGCUUUCGCUGUCAGUGUCCUGGACUCUCUCAUGAGUACCACCUACUUCAACGACAACGCGCUGACCCUGAUUAGAACACUGAUAACUGGCGGAGCGACGCCAGAGUUGGAGCAGAUACUGGCUGAAGGCGUGGGUAUGAGAGGUGGAUAUUCAACAGCAAAAAGUUUGGCUUAUCGAAACAGAUGUCGCGUUGCUCAAAUUGCUCUCUACAGCGGACCAUUCAGCGAAUUCGGGGAGGAGAGGAAGUACGGCGAACUGUUUGCAUACGCGCUGAGAAAUUUUGGUAUUCUGUGCAUCGGGUUGUAUCGGUUUCGCGAUUCCAACAGUUCCAUUAUAAACACUCCAUCUGCAAAGCGAUACGUCAUCACUAAUCCGCCUGAUGACUUCGAUUUGUUAUCUUCUGAUAAAGUUUGUUUCUUUCUUUUGUUUCAUAUAAUUAAGUAUUUUCUCUACAAUUUAAAAUAUACGAAAAUAUGUUUUUGA